AUGACGUUUGAAGGGGAAACCGCGCCCACAGGUUGCGACGGGGGAGGGCGGAACAAACGCGGCAAUCCCGCCGGCGACGGCAAGAACAAGAACAACAACCACAACAAGGAAAGCAGUGGCACGGCGACCGGCCCGCCCCCGCCCCGCCGCCGUCUUUUUGUUCGUGCCGUGUUUUUUUUUCGGGCGGCCGUGGGGCGGGGCAGGGGUUCGUUUCUCACCCCCGGCCCCCGGCGCGGGCGCCGCAAAGGCCCGGGAAGUCUCGCGGCUGUCACCCUUACUUCCCGCUUUUGGAUGGUGUUCGCACGGGCGGCAGGGGGCCAGUUAACGGGUUUCUUGUGUUUUUUUUUUCUAUUGUGUUGA